AACAGCCUAUAUUCUAUACGUGACAAUUUUGUGUGUUGGGGUCGGACCUGCAUUGUCUUGCUUUGUUCGUGGGUUCAAAAAGCCGUUUUUUAUCUGCAUUCAUUUCGGUGUCUUUUAUGAAUAAUCAAAAGCAGCAAAAGCCAACGCUUACCGGCCAGCGUUUUAAAACUCGGAAAAGAGAUGAAAAGGAGAGAUUUGACCCUACUCAGUUUCAAGAAAGUAUUGUUCAAGGCUUGAACCAAACUGGCACUGAUUUGGAAGCAGUUGCAAAGUUCCUUGAUGCCUCUGGUGCCAAACUCGACUACCGCCGAUAUGCCGAGACUCUCUUUGAUAUCCUGGUGGCUGGAGGAAUGCUGGCACCAGGUGGUACUCUAUCUGAUGACAUGACUCGUACGGAGUUCUGCCUCUUCACGGCAAGUGAAGACCUGGAGACCAUGCAGGCUUACGCUCAGGUUUUUAACAAGCUGAUCAGGCGUUACAAGUACCUGGAGAAAGGGUUUGAAGAAGAGAUUAAGAAGCUACUGCUGUUUUUGAAAGGGUUCACCGAGUCCGAGAGGAAUAAGUUGGCCAUGCUUGCUGGGAUCCUGCUGGCCAAUGGCAACAUAUCAGCUUCCAUCCUGAGCAGCCUCUUUAAUGAGAACUUGGUAAAGGAAGGUGUGUCCGCCGCCUUUGCUGUGAAACUGUUCAAAUCUUGGAUCAAUGAAAAAGACAUCAACUCAGUUGCUGCUAGCCUGCGUAAAGUUGGCAUGGACAACAGGUUGAUGGAGCUGUUUCCUGCCAACAAGCGUAGCUGCGAACACUUCUCGAAAUAUUUCACCGACGCUGGGCUGAAGGAACUCUCGGACUUCGCUCGUAAUCAGCAGUCCAUUGGAGCCCGCAAAGAGCUUCAGAAAGAACUGCAGGAACAGAUGUCCCGUGGCGAGACACUCAAAGACAUCAUUGCCUACGUUCGCGAGGAGAUGAAGAAAACGAGCAUCUCGGAGCAGACCAUGAUCGGCAUCUUGUGGACCAGCCUCAUGAGCUGUGUCGAGUGGAAUAAAAAGGAGGAGCUCGUCACUGAGCAAGCCAUCAAACACUUGAAGCAAUACAGCCCACUGCUGAAGUCCUUCACCUCCCAGGGCCUGUCUGAGCUCACCCUCCUGCUGAAGAUCCAGGAGUAUUGCUACGACAAUAUCCAUUUCAUGAAGGCCUUCCAGAAGAUCGUGGUGCUUCUUUACAAAGCUGAUGUUCUGAGCGAGGAGGUUAUUUUGAAGUGGUACACAGAGGCCCACGUGGCCAAAGGAAAGAGCGUCUUCCUCGAGCAGAUGAAGAAGUUUGUAGAAUGGCUGAAGAAUGCCGAGGAGGAGUCCGAAUCGGAGGAAGAGGGAGACUAAAUAACCAUUUCAGCAGAAUGUUUUGUUACAAAAGUGCUUGUUUAAUUUUUUUCCCCUUUUUUAAAACAAAAAAAGAAAUUUGUUUGCCUUUUUAUUUUUAUUCUACCUACUAUUUUUUUCAAACCAUAACAUUUAGAUGUCAUUUAAGGGCUUUAUAUAACAAAUGGUUCAUUUUAACAUAUUUUUCUAAUAUUAAGGUUUACACUUAAAAUAGCACAAGUUGUGGUCAAUCUUUACUCACUCAAGGAACUUUUAAGUGUUGACACAGUUAAAUUAUUAUUAGUAUCGUUAUAAUGAUUUCUUUAAGAAUUGACAUUCCAUUGAAUUUGAAUCAGGCUGCCUUGUUUGCUUCUAAGAUGCCCUUUUCUAUAUUGUUCUGAUGCCUUCAUGCCCCAUCAUGACCAUUGUCCAGAUAUGGAAAGAGACCUGUCUCAUCGUGAUGUUAUUGCCAAAGGUUUAAUCCUGCUUUCACUAUAUCCAUCAGCAUUCUGUUCCCCGCCUUUAAAACGAAAGCGCUGACAACGAAUUGCUUGUCCUGUUUAAGACCCUUAAAUGACUCCAGACCUCUUCUCUAUGAUGUAUCUCCAUCUUAUGUCACCAGUUUCUUUAAUCUGAAUAACAAUAAAUGACUUUUUUAAGAAAUAAAA